CACCUGCUCAAUAAAAACAACCACAUUCAUAUAAAUACUUCUUCCUCUGGUCUCAUCUUUCGUUCUCUGACACUUGUUUCUCCAAACCUACCUUUCCAUCUUUUCCAUCAGACCAUUAUUAGAUACCCUCUUCACCACUCUCUGCAUCUGCACAUUUUUUUUUUCUCUCCUUCUCUUAAAAAAAGUAGUUUUUCUCUCUUCCUUUGGUCUGCAUAAAAUUGCAUAGAUAUAAAAAAAAAUGAAGUUUGUACUCAAGUUGGAUUUGCAUGAUGACAAGGAAAAGCAGAAGGCCUUGAAAACAGUUUCAACUCUUUCAGGAAUUGAUGCCAUCGCCAUGAACAUGAAAGAGAAGAAGUUAACAGUGAUAGGGACAGUAGAUCCAGUAAGUGUUGUGAGCAAACUGCGGAAAUACUGGCAGACAGACAUAGUGGAAGUAGGACCAGUGAAGGAGCCAGAGAAGAAAGAGGAUGCAAAGAAAGCAGAUGCAAAGAAGGAGGGAGACAAGAAAGAGGAGCAAAAGAAGGAAGAGGGCAAGAAAGAAGAAGGAAAAAAAGAUGAAAAGAAGGAAGAUGAGAAAAAGAAAGAGCCAAUCCCAGAUCCUGUUUUGGAAUGGAUCAAGGCUCAAAGGGCUGCAUAUAACCCCUACAUGACCACACACUACUAUGCUCCAAGCAUAGAAGAGAAUCCCAAUGCAUGUGUCAUUUGUUGAAAGAAAGGAAAAUUUAGAUGCAAUUUAAUAGGUGGUUUUGGUGUUGCUCUUCUGUUAGAACUUGAAAUUUUCAUUUGAUCAAACUUCAAUUCUGAUGGAAUGGCAAUAUCAGAAACACCUAAAGAACUGUAUGUAAGUUUUGUCAAAUGUUAAAUAGUAAUCUGUCCAGACACAAGGGAAGGACUCACUUCUUCAUCAUGGUAAUGGAUUCAAUUCUCUUUCACUCCAAUAUGAGUCAUUGCCAAGAGUACAGGAACUCCUUGUAUAUAACAUGGUGAUGUCUUGUUGAGCUAUUGAGAAGUUUUCAAUGUGUAGAGAAGAAGGAAUAAAAUUUUUGGGAUGUAAUUUAAGUAUACUUUAUGUGAAUGUAUCACUAUCCAUUACAUUAA